AUGGCGUCUCGCGGCUCCUCCUCCCCGCGGUUCACCGCGGUCCUCCUCCUGCUCUUCGUCAUCGCGUCCGCGUUCUUCACGAUCCCCGCGAUGGCGGCGGCGAAGGCGAAGGAGUGCAAGUCGCUGUCGUCCUGCCGCGCGUGCGUGACGGAGAAAGGCUGCGGGUGGACCGCGAAAGAUCUCAAGUGCGCGGCGAAAGGCGUCUUCGCGGGGAAGCAGGUCAAAGCGCAGAGCGACUGCACGCCGCUGCGCGAUUCGCUCGUGCGGUUGGGAGACUCGCUUCCCGCGGUCUCGAAGAAGCUCGUCGGGGCGUACGACCAGGUCAAGAGCAAGAUCACGAAGUGA